CUCACUACCUCCAUCAAAAAAACAAAGAGUAAGUUUUUAUACUUCUUGCUUUAUACUCAUUAUAAACACAGAGAUUAAUUUGAUUUUUCACAUUCAGUCAGAUCCACAAAGUGGAGAAAAUUUAAAUUCCUCUCACAAUGAAAAUAUGGAAAUUGAAAAAGAAAUGGCUUUACUAGAAAACAAUGCAACAGGACCAUUGUUAGAAAAUACACAGGAGAGGGAAGAGUCAAAUGGAAAUAUGCAAAUUGAAACAGAAAAGAUUGACAACAGAAGAUAUUGGAGCUUGGCUCAAUCAACACAUGGGGAAAUCUUGGUUGGAUCAGAGGGGGAUGUAAUGAUGGAGAAGACUACAUGGCAAAAUAUACAAGCAAAACUUAAUGAACCAUCAUUCGAGGAUAGUUUAAAUAAACUUGGAAAAUCACUCGAAAAGGAGAAAGAUAAGCAACGCUUGAUUGGCCACGAGAAUAUGAAAGGAUUUGUUCUGACCCAUGCACCAAACAUAUAUAACACUUUACUAAGUUCCAUAUCAAAUGAAAGGCAAGGAUUGAAAAAAAUUCAAAUGCAGGAAAAAAGAGUAACAUCUCUUAUAUGGGACCUUUUAUACUUCAGAAAUCAAAGACAUGGCUAUUUUCAUGAUGAGACUUCUAUCUUUCUUGAUCUCCAUGGCCUGACAUCAACUGGAAUGUCAGCUGGUAUGGUCCUUGGAUAUGCAAGACACCCUAAGACCAAAACCAUGAAAAAACAUGAAAUAUCAUCAACUCACAUAAAAAGAGUCCAAGACAAAUUAAGUUCUUUUAAAAAUAAGAAGGGCAAUUUUCUGAUCCUAAUGAUUGAUGACUUCCACAAUAUCAAUGUUGUUAAGACACCACAAGGYCGACAACUAUCCAAUGCUGUUCAUAUGGCCACUAUUCUAGUGGAUCUUCAGAACCAUAUCCCAGUCAAGUUAUCUGAAAAUUCUCAUAGAAAUGUCAAAAUCAAGGUCCCUGGGAAAGAAGAACAGAAUUGCAAGGGAGGAAUAAGUGGCGAUGCUGUAGCAAAGGAAUURGAAGAAUUUUGGCAUCAUUACUGCACCAAGUCAUUUCUUGAAAGCGUCCCAGAUAACUACCGCAGAAUUAAUCCAGGAUUACUACAAAAGUCACUAAGAGAGCUAAGAGUUUAUGGAAGAGAGGAGGAACARGAAUACCAGACACUGAAAUCUACUGUCCUUAUUGAUGAAAUUGAGCAAGAUCUCCACAGUUUAGAUGACUAUAAGAACACCCAUGAAUUUAUYUCCCAAGCUGUACCAGAYAUUUGUACUUACAAGAAAUCAAAUGUCCUUCCWGUAGUUGGAGAUUGGCCAACGUGGUACUUCCACAAGAAGAUGGUUUGCCUCCAACCUGAAGCACAUUCAUUCAUACCAGAAUUGGGUCAGUUCCAUAUAUAUCUGAAUGGAAAUGAAAACAUUGUGAUCAAAUACCAUCCAGUUUUCAGUGAGAUUUACAAAGGAGUGUUCGGCCAACGGAAGACAUUGCCAGCUAAACCCAAACCAGAUAAAGUAAGCCUUUGUAUCACUCUGGCCUAUGCAGGAUGGUUGCAAGUCAGAGAUCACAUUACCAGUGCGUUUGGCCAAUGUAAAGAUGUGGAAUAUGUAUGCCUAUACCAUUUGUUUGAUGAAUUGAUACCCCUGAACUUUCUCCAUUAUCCUGUCAUUGUCCGUGGAGGAAAUUUCGAGCUUUUGGAGAAAUCUAUGAAGAGGCUUACACUAAUGUUCKUUGGUAUGGAUAGGCACCACUACAAUAAAGCUUCUAUUUCUUGGAUAAGCGACACUAAGUUCCAGGAAGAAGAAUUUCCAGAAUACCAUGAAGCCAAAAAAGAUCUCUGCUCUGUUCUCACRGAAAAAAAAGUGGAAAUAUUCCAUUCUAAAAUAAGAAGUCGAAUUGAUAAGAAUGACAAAGCACCAAGAAUCCAAGAAACUGCACGCUUGCUGUCAAGAUCAAACUUUGAAGAAAAUUUUUUUGAGAGAGAUUAUGUCAAUGGUUACCAGCGAGGAAUAAGUAAUCAGAACCUGCUUCUUCUGACUGGUUGGGCAGCAGAGUGCAUACUAGAGAUAUUCGAACGAACUGCCUUGAAUCUUGGUCAAUCUCAAAAGCUACCACGACCAUUAAAUAAAAAGGGGAAACCAUAUGGCAAAUCUUCAUACCAGUUAGCUGGAAUAGAUGCAAAGUUUACAACAAAGAGUUUARCUCUUGCUUAUAGAUGGCCAGGGUUUGAGCCAGAACCAACACUUGAUUGUGAUUCACCAGAUUGCAACACCCCUUUAGAUUCUUGUGUCAAGCGUCUUACAUGUGGCCACACAUUUCAUCUUUCAUGCCUGAGCAACACAGGAUGUAUGAUAUGUUUGCCAAAUCUCAUGAAGGACAUCAAGAAUUUGGCCAAACUUUGGAACAAGCAGCUGAUGAAAACAGAUGAUGAAGGAGAGAGUGAUAGUGAUGACAGUGGAGAUGAAAAUGAUGAUGAUGAUGAUGAUCUCCCAUCUAUUCGACCUGAAAMAGACAGCCAGUACAUAAAUACUCAAGAAUUUCAAGACUUCCUAUCACUAAAGUCACAAAAAAUCAAAGAAAUUGUUUCAAAAUUGCAUGAGCCUUAAAUAAAUGUCAACCAUGACCUCGAUUGUAAAUAUGUAAAUAAAAUAAACCAUAGCUUUUUAUUGUAAAUAUGUAAAUAAAAUAAA